CUCACAUAAUGUCACGUCCACCAGCUGGCUCCUGGCUACAACGCUCGUCAUGGUGCGACAUGGUCCCACACGAUUUAUUAGCUUUCUCUUUAUUACGCUCAUACUCAGCAUCGCGCCAGUCGAAGCUGCCACGAAUAAGUGGGAGGUGACAAACUUCUGCAAAUGCAUCUGCUUCUCUGCAAACUAUACGAUUCUAUCCCUGAACACGCCCGACAACCCCUCCAAACCUUGUCUAUCGUGCACUAAGCAGUGGUGCUUGAAUCAGAACCUACCUAUCUGCACCGGUGCAUCUCUUGGCGAUACAGAUCCAGACACCGCAACCGGUCUAGAGGGAGAUGUCGAAGCGCGAUGUUUUCAACGAGAUUCUCCUAGGGACCAGCUUGUGGUCACCCUCUUUUUGUUGAUUAUCCUCGGACUGUUACUUGGCGUCAGCAUUAAAAACCGCAUGCUCAAGGCAGGUUUGGAUUCUAGUACGGCAUGGUCUGCCAGCAGGCGCUGGUGGGAAGAAUGGUUGCCGCGUAGGUAUUCUGAAGACUACAACCUUCGUGAGCGUUCUGUUCGUCCCACUGGCAACAACAGUGGGGGAAAUUACAGAGAGAUACCGAAUACGCUUCCCAUGUAGUUCUUUGAUAUUGAUGUCAUGUACAGUAGAUUUGCAGUAGAUCCGUGAUGCCUUGCCUCCACAUGUUUCCCUUAUAGAGCACGUUCAGGU